AUGAUCAUGAGCGAUUUGAAACGCAUUCUAAUAAAUUUCGAAAAUGUCAAUGACUACAGUAUACAAUUUAAUCGAUGGUUUCUUCUAUCUCUCGGUGCUUGGCCGCAAAGAAAUGCGAGCAAAAUAAAACAAAUUGUGGUGUUAAUGCAAAUCUUCAUUUUUUCAACCGCGAUAGCGGUCAUUAUGAUCCCAUGCACAUUAUACAUAUGUUUGGAAAAAGAAAAAUUUGGAAUUAGAAUAAAUGCUAUCGUUCCGUUAAUGCAUAGAAUCAUGGGAUCUAUAAAUUACUGGCAAUUACUUACUCAUAACAAAGACAUUCUUCAUUGCAUACUGCAUAUGGAAACGGACUGGAAACUCGUUCGGACAAUAGAUGACCGCGAAGUUAUGCUACGAUACGCCAAAAUUGGCCGUUUCAUAGCCAAAUUUUGCGCAAUAUUUAUGCACAGUAGUGCGAUUAUUUUCACCGCGGUCAAAGCAGUGAAAACUACGACCGUUAUCAUCGGUAAUGAAACCUUUAAGAUGUAUCCGAUGACAUGUCCACCGUACAGUAAAAUUGUUGACGUGAGAUUCAGCCCAACAAACGAGAUCCUGUUGAGUGUGCAAUUAUUGUCGACACUUAUAGUGAGUUCCUCUACAGUAGCUAUAUGCAGUCUUGCCGCCGUUUUCGCGAUGCACGCCUGUGGUCAACUAAAUGUAUUGCAUACAUGGUUAAAAGAGCUUACUGAGGAAAAGACAUAUCAUUUAGCAGAACGAAAACUUGCUGUUAUUGUGGAGCAUCACUGGAGAGUCCUCAGUUUUGUUGUACAAAUAGAGAAUAUUAUGCAUAAAGCCUGUUUAGGAGAAUUAAUGGGAUGCACGCUGAGUAUGUGUUUACUUGGAUAUUACUCUGUUAUGAACUGGGCUAAUUUCGAUGCAGUAAAAAUAUUUUCAUAUAUGGGUGUAUAUAUAUCGUAUACGUUUAAUAUAUUUAUAUUUUGUUAUAUCGGUGAAGUUCUCACGGAACAGUGCAAAAACAUCGGAGAUAUAGCAUAUAUGACCAAUUGGUAUAAACUGCAUCACAAAACAGCACUCAAAUUCAUUUUGGUACUCAUGCAAUCGAAUUAUGUCAUUAAGAUAACGGCGGGAAAAAUAUUCCGAUUAUCCAUAGCAACAUUUGGCGAUAUAAUAAAAACUUCCACAGCAUAUUUAAAUUUUUUGAGAACAAUGAGUGUAUAA